AUGGCAUCAGGUCUCUUGCGCACCUCUGCAGUCCUCGGAAUCGGCCUCGGCCUAUCCUUCUCGCUCCCUUCAUCGCCCUUCCGCGCUGCCCCCGUGCAAUGUCAAUACGCGGCUCCCUACCACAGUGCUGGUCCCAGUGAAGCGGACUGGACCAUGAGCUCUCAGGAUUCACUGUUGGGAAAGCAGCGCAUGACACGAGGUAGCGGAAUCUUGACGGCAUCAAACAUGCGACAGGUGAGCCUGGGAAGCGUGCUUGGUCUUGUGGUAGGCGUUGGGUUGAGAGCGUUUUCUCGGGUGCUGGUUGUACUCUUUGGGAUGGGAAUAAUAGCUGUUGAGUGGGCGGCCUCCAAGGGAUAUAACAUUCUGCCUGUCCACCGAUUGCAAAAAUAUGUGAAAUCCGUCAACCUCGAGACGGCAGUAUCGCGACAUGUGCCUUUCAAGAUUAGCUUCGGUGCCACCAUGGCUCUGGCUGCCUUUGCGCAAUUUUGA